GUUCUCUGUUGUAUCUGCAGGUUUGUUGCGAUUGUGAUCGGUGAGUGACAAAUCCCGGUAUGGGUCCGAAAAAACCUGCACCUGCGCCGGCUGCGGCGAAGCCUGAUAAGAAGGCUGGCGGAGACACGAAGAAGGAGGCGAAAAAAGAUGCUAAAAGCAAGGACGAACCAAGUAAGAAGAAGGUUGCCCCGAAAGUUCCGAAAGCUGGCGCUGCUGCUGCUCCCAAGUCAGCUUCGGGUGCCAAGGCACCAAAGGAUAAGAAAGCGAGUGCAAAGGUAACCAAAGCAGUCCAGAAGGCGAAGCGGGUACAAAUGAAGGUGAUCAAGGGUCCGAAUGGCACUCGAACCCGUAAGGUCCGCACGAAGUCGCGAUUUUACCGCCCAAAAACUUUGUCGCUGCGUCGGCAACCGAAGUAUCCCCGUCGAUCCCAUCCGAAUCGCAACCGACUCGACGCCUGGAAUAUCAUUAAACACCCGCUUACGACUGAGUCGGCCAUGAAGAAGAUCGAAGACAACAAUACCCUUGUCUUCAUCACUCAUUUGCGAGCUAACAAGCAUCACAUCCGCCUGGCAGUCAAGAAGCUGUACGAGAUUGAAGUCUCUAAAGUGAACACGCUCAUUAGGCCUGAUGGGAAGAAGAAAGCCUACGUCCGCCUCGCAUCACACUACGAUGCGCUUGAUAUCGCCAACAAAAUUGGAAUCAUAUGAAUUCAGUUCAACGAUAUUCAAUUCCUGGUGUGGAAUGAAUGAUGCGGUUGGAUUCCGUUCGGGACUGA